AUGGAUGCUAUUAAGCAGACCUUCGCGAAGUGCAAGGCACAGAAGCGCGCGGCCCUUGUGGCAUACAUCACUGCAGGAUAUCCCACCGUUGAGGAGGCUGUCGAUAUCCUCCUUGGUCUCGAGAAUGGUGGUGCCGACAUCAUCGAGCUCGGUAUCCCUUUUACAGACCCCAUCGCCGAUGGUCCUACGAUUCAGACCGCUAACACCAAGGCCCUUCAGAAUGGUGUCACUCUUACCACCGUCCUUGACCUUGUCCGCACUGCCCGCAAGCGCGGUCUGCAGACUCCUCUUAUGCUGAUGGGUUACUUCAACCCUGUCCUCAAGUAUGGUGAGGAGCGUAUGCUCCGUGACUGCAAGGAAGCUGGUGUCAACGGUUUCAUCAUGGUUGACUUGCCCCCCGAGGAGGCUGUCCGUUUCCGUGACCUUUGCUCAAGCGCUGGUCUCUCAUACGUCCCUCUCAUUGCCCCUGCUACCUCUGAUGCUCGCAUGCGUCUCCUUUGCAAGAUUGCCGACAGCUUCAUUUACGUCGUUUCCCGCAUGGGUGUGACCGGUGCCACCGGCUCAUUGAGUGCCAACAUCCCCGAGCUUUUGAGCCGGGUUCACGAAUACUCCGGUAACGUCCCUGCUGCACUUGGAUUCGGUGUCAGCACCCGUGAGCACUUCCUGUCCGUCCAGGAACAGGCCGAGGGUGUUGUUAUCGGCAGCCAGAUUAUCACUUGUGUUGGCAACGCUCCUGCUGGGCAGGCUGCCAAGGCUGCCGAGGAGUACCUCUCUAGCAUCACCGGACGCAAGCGUGAGCGUGAUGCCACUGGUGCUUUCACUCGCGAGAUCAACGUCCUUGAGGCCAUUGAGAAGGCCCAGCCUUCUGGUCAGGUGCAGCCCACCAAGGUCAUCACUGAUGCCGAUACUCCCUCUGGACCUGGUCUCGCUGACCAGAUUGAGGCUCUCAACAUUACAAAGGAUGCUUCUUCGCAGCCCUCCCGCUUCGGCGAGUUCGGUGGACAAUAUGUCCCCGAGUCUCUCAUGGAUUGCUUGGCUGAGCUUGAGCGUGGCUUCGACGUUGCCAACAACGACCCCAAGUUCUGGGAAGAGUUCCGUUCUUACUACCCCUACAUGGGCCGUCCCAGCAGCCUCCACAUGGCUCAGCGUUUGACUGACCACGUUGGCGGCGCCAACAUCUGGUUGAAGCGCGAGGACCUUAACCACACCGGCAGCCACAAGAUCAAUAAUGCGCUUGGACAGAUUCUGAUUGCCCGUCGCUUGGGCAAGACCCGGAUUAUUGCCGAGACUGGUGCUGGCCAGCACGGUGUUGCUACUGCCACCGUUUGUGCCAAGUUUGGUAUGAAGUGUACCGUCUACAUGGGUGCCGAGGAUGUGCGCCGCCAGGGCCUCAACGUCUUCCGUAUGAAGCUUCUUGGCGCCUCCGUUGUUGCCGUCGAGGCAGGAAGCCGAACUCUUCGUGAUGCAGUCAACGAAGCCCUUCGCGCUUGGGUCGUCGAGCUCGAUACCACCCACUAUAUUAUCGGCUCAGCCAUCGGUCCUCACCCCUUCCCCACCAUCGUCCGUACCUUCCAGUCCGUGAUCGGUAACGAGACCAAGGAGCAGAUGCAGGCUCAGAUUGGCAAGCUCCCAGAUGCCGUCAUCGCCUGUGUUGGUGGUGGUAGUAACGCCGUCGGCAUGUUUUACCCAUUCUCUAACGACCCCAGCGUCAAGCUUAUCGGUGUUGAGGCUGCUGGCGAUGGUGUCGACACCAACCGCCACUCCGCUACUCUCUCCGGAGGUUCCCACGGUGUCCUCCACGGUGUUCGUACCUACGUUCUCCAGAAUGAGCACGGCCAGAUCGCUGAUACCCACUCCAUCUCUGCCGGUCUCGACUACCCCGGUGUCGGCCCAGAGCUGAGCAACUGGAAGGAUAACAAGCGCGCCACUUUCAUCGCCGCUGACGACAGCCAGGCCCUCGCUGGUUUCCGCGCUCUUGCCCAACACGAGGGUAUCAUCCCCGCCCUGGAAUCGUCACACGCUGUCUGGGGUGUCAUGCAGGUCGCCAAGACUAUGGAGAAGGGUCAGAACAUUGUUCUUAACCUGAGCGGUCGUGGUGAUAAGGACGUUCAGCAGGUAGCUGACGAGCUUCCCCGUUUGGGACCUAAGAUCGGCUGGGACUUGCGCUUCUAA